ACCCGGCGCCCGCGGUUCCCAGGAACAAAACCCCCGCGCAGCGCCGCGCGCUCGGCCGGCGCUCACUCGUGGAGAGGAGGAGGAGGAGGAGGAGGGAGGCAGCCAGAGGGAAACUGCCUUGGGGAUUAAUAAGAGGCAGGAGGAGGGAGAGGUGCACGCAGGCAAACAUCUGGACCAUGAAGUUGGCCUUUAGCUUGCUUCUCCCACUUGUUCUUGUGCUGAUCUCAGAGGUGAGCGGGCAGCGGAGGAAGCCUCCACGGAAACCCACCCGCCCACCUCCUGAGCCCAUAGAACCUGUUGAACCCGUGGAGCCCACUGAGCUGCCUCCACCCCUGCCACCCGGCCCACCCUCCAUCUUCCCCGACUGCCCCCGAGAAUGCUACUGUCCCCCGGACUUCCCCUCUGCCCUCUACUGUGACAGCCGAAACCUACGGAAGGUUCCCAUCAUCCCAUCCCGCAUCCACUACCUCUACCUCCAGAACAACUUCAUCGAUGACCUCCCGGAGGAGUCCUUCAGGAAUGCCACAGCGCUGAAAUGGGUCAACCUCGACAACAAUCGCAUCCGGAAGGUGGACAGGCGGGUCCUGGAGAAGCUGGAAAACCUCAUCUUCCUCUACAUGGAGAAGAACCAGCUGAAGGAGGUGCCUGCCUUCCUGCCGCCCAACCUGGAGCAGCUGCGCCUGAGCAGGAAUCAGAUUUCCAAGAUCCCUGCUGGGGUCUUCAACAAGCUGGAGAACCUGGUGCUCUUGGAUCUGCACCACAACAAGCUCAGUGAUGGAGUCUUCAACAAAAACACCUUCAAAGGACUCAAGAACCUCAUGCAACUCAACCUAGCCCACAACAUCCUGAGGAAAAUGCCGCCUGGGGUGCCCAGUGCCAUCCACCAGCUCUUCCUGGACAGGAACAACAUCGAGGACAUCCCCAGUGACUAUUUCAAGGAGUUUCCCAACCUGGCGUUCAUUCGGCUCAACUACAACCAGAUCUCUGACAAGGGGCUUCCGAAGAACUCCUUCAACCUCACCAACCUGCUGGUGUUGCACCUAGCCCACAACAAGCUCACCAACGUCCCUUUCAUCAGCGCCAAGCUGGAGCACCUCUACCUAAACAACAACUCCAUUGAGAAAAUCAAUGGGACGCAGAUCUGCCCCACCUCACUAAUGUCCAUCCAGGACUUCUCCCCCUCUGACCUGGACAGCGUGCCCCGGCUCCGGUACCUGCGGCUGGAUGGGAACCUCCUGAAACCCCCCAUCCCCUUGGAUCUGAUGAUGUGUUUCCGCCUCCUGCAGUCCGUGGUUUUCUAGCCCUACGUGCCUCUCCUAGGACUUGGCUUUGCACAAAGACUCGAACCCCAUCAGUAUUUGACACUCGGGACCCUCUUUGCUUUCCUCUUCCCUUGCUCACUCCCUGGCCUCUCUGUUCCUCUCACGUCCCUCCUCCCCUCCCUUUCCUUGCCUGAUGUGGCUUCUGUGUCCCCGGGGGUUGUCUGCAGGACAGCAUCACGUCCCAGCAGCUGGCCCAGGUCCUAGCAUCAGCCUGGGCUGCAUGGGGGCCUUUCACCGUGCUGUCACCCUCCUGUCACCCUGCCCACAACCCACCUUCCCCCCUCCACCCCCCCCCCCCCGCCUGGCCCUUUGCCAGCACUGGAGCUGGCUUCAUCUCUCCCCUGGACCUGGCAGAGUUUUGGGAGGGUGGGCGGUUCGGUCCUAUCCAAAGCAUCUCCUGAUGGAGUUGAUGAGGGGGCUGUUUGGGUAAGGGGUGGCACAGGAGUGAGUGGUGCUGCGGGACAGCAAUCACACAGACCUGUGAUGGAGCUAUUUCUGCUCAGAGCAGCCAUAAUCUGCACAAACACCAAACCCAAACAGCCACCAAAGCCCGAAACCCGAGGCUGGCCUAUCUGGGGACAGCUGCAUCCCUGCGCUCGGGGUUGCAGCACGCGCUGGAGCUGACUCCCUGCUUCGGGAAGCGCAGCCCUCCGUCCCCGCACCACCUCCCAUCAGUCCAAGCGGGUCCUGCGGUCACAUCCAACCAGCCGCGGCGGAGCGGUGCUGCGGAUCCCAGCCCGACCCCGGGGCGUUCCCCUGAGGUCCCGCGGCCGCCGCCCGGUUCGGUGCGCGGGGAGCGGGAUGGGACCGCCGGGCAGAGCCGGCAACGACACCUCGUGGCCGCAGCCACGGCCCGGGGCCGGCAUGCCGUCCUCCCGCUGCUCCGCAGCCUUGCUCUCGAGGCAGCGUGGCUGAGGGCAAUUGGGAGGAGGUGGUGGCGGGGGGUGGUCCUUCCCCUGCUGCUGCCUGCGGAGUUGCAAUACGCUCCGAUUUCAGCCCCACCCCCGCAUGCAGUCGCCCCCGCGCUGUGGCGCUGACCUGGAGAACGUCUGGGCUCUGCUGGCUGGGUGACCUCCGUGCCACCCCCCGCCCUGCUCCCCCCUCCUCCCUGCACCCCCACCUCCUGCAGGUUCCACUCUGUCGCUUUCUUGGACCGAGCGCACUUCUGGUUUUGCCUUGUGGAUUUUGAUUUCUUUUAAUUUUUUAAUUUUUUUUUUUUUUUAAGGAAAGGAAAAGAAAAGGGAAGAAUUACUCCUUUGGAAAAGCUGUUUUUUUAUCCCCUCUUCUCCCCAUUCCCACAUGUAUUACUUCCCUCUUGGAUAGCUGUGCCUGCAUAUAUAGGGUGUCCGGGUUUAGAGGGGAUUAUUCUCUCUCUUUUUUUUUUUCUUCCUGAUUCUCAGGAUUUAUGUUUGAGGAGAAAAAAAAAAUCAAUCAUAACAAAUAUAAAGCAAUAAACCAAAGAAACCAGCCUUGGUAUUCAGCCCCCAGAGUGACCCUUCUCUGGUGUGGGCAUGGACAGGCACCGUGUCCCACUCCCCAGGAAGGGAUGGGGAUGCUCCCUGCAGGUGCCCUGCAUGCACCUGAGAUAGGAAGGAUCAGCAAACUCCCAUGAUAUUCAGGACUUUUUAAAUAAUAUGAGUCUUUCUAAAUCUUCCUCCAAUGGGCUUUGUUGGGUUCGACAGGUUUCAACCUUAAACCCGGAGACCCUAUGUAUAUAUUUAUAUAUAAUGUGUAUAUAUACUGGUAGACUGUACAGAUAUAUCUAGAGACAUAUGUAGUUCUCAACUGAUUUCAACUUAAUGGUAUUUUCACUCCUACUCUCCGCAGCAGUGAAAAUAAAGUGAUUCACAAGGGACCUGGA